GCCAUCUAUUGUGGAAAACAUUACAAUGCACAUAGAUUUAUCAAACUACUAACUUGUUACUACUAACAAACUCUAAAGUUCUAAACAAAGUCAAGAUACCGUACUCUUUGGAUUAAAGGGCUCAGUAGCUGAAAUAAUGAUGUCCUGGGUACAGAAGUGUGUUGCUCGGAGUUCAUUGCUGACUAAACGGAUAUGCAAAUUGCAGAAGAGACAAGUUCAGCGAUGUAUUUGCUCUGGAGGAAUCUGGAACAAACUCAGUAUACAUACAGUGAAACAGUGGAUGCCAAGUUCAACCACCAUAAGAUGGAGUCAUACAUUGGGUCCAAGUUCAGCAGGAAAAUUGAUGAAUCCCAGUCUCGUCAUUGACCAACUGAGCUCUGACAAUGAUAACAAAAUUCUGAUUUUCACUUGGUCUGAUGGUGUAGUGAGUAGAUACAAUACAUCGUGGUUGAGGAUAAACUGUCAUUGCAGUGCAUGUAAACAGCCUGAUUCAGGUCAAAGGUUAAUCAAUAUUACAGACUUUCCUGCUCAUCUCACAAUUCAAACAUCAUCUUAUCAACAUGAUGGAGAAUCUGGUUUUAUAAGAGUGAAAUUUAUUGAAGAAGAUGAUCACGAAUGCAUUAUUCCUGUGACUUGGUUGAAGCAGCAUAGUUAUUCUCCGAUUGACCUUGAGGUCAAAGCAAGGUUACGGGAUGUCAAAUAUCUAGAUAGUACCAUUAAAAGUUUUGGAUGGGCGGAUGUCACAAGUUCAGAAAGUGACUUAUUUGAGUGGCUUGAUCAUCUGAAUACAUAUGGUGUGACAAUACUGAACAAUGUACCCUUGAAUCACGAAUCAGUUACAAAGGUUGCUAACCUGAUCGGGCCAGUUACAGAGACUCUGUAUGGACCUAGUUUUGAUGUAAGAUCAGAGGAUAAACCUAUCAAUGUUGCAUACAGCUCAGUAAGCCUUGGUUUCCAUAUAGACUUAGCCUAUUACGAGUCUCCGCCUGGUCUUCAGCUUCUACACUGCUUACAAUUUGAUAAUGUGGUUACAGGUGGAGAGAGUAUAUUCAUCGAUGCUUUCUAUAUUGCGGAAGAAUUCAGAAGAAAAUUCCCCCAUCAUUUUGACAGCCUGACGAGGAUACCAGCCACCUUCCAAAAAUUCCACUUUGAAAGAGCGAAUCCUGCCGCAUACAUCUACCAGAGGCCACACAUCAAUGUGAAUCAUAGAACAGGCCAGGUAUGCUUUACAUCUUUUUCUUAUUGAAGUCUAUCAUAAACAGUGUCAGGCAAUCUAACUACCAAGUUCUACACAGGAAAUUAUUCACCAAACUUGACAUUAAUUCGCGGAAGUGGUUUAUGGUACACCAUGUGUUGAGUCCUAGAAAGACUAAGAAGAGUGGAUAGAGGUAGAAGUGAAAUGGAGUGGAAGGAUUCUUAUUAGGAUUGUAAACCUGGGGACUGUUUCAUGAAAGUUGUCUGCACAGACAAGUUGACUUUCUCUGACAGUUACCAUAGUAAUAGUCAAAGGCCAGUGCCUCUCGGCCAAUCAAAACCAAGGAUUUCAAUGAAAUUGUCAGCACUGGCAAUUUAUUUAGUCAGUGCGGACAACUUUCAUGAAACACCCACCAGAGAAGUUGAGAGAAGACUUGCUUGAGUCUGCGAAUGGAGUUGCAGAGCAGGAGAGAAGACACAAUGGCCCAAAUUCACAAAGGUGGAUUUGAAAACCCAUGGUUGAAUCCAUGGUUUAUGCAGAUUUCCUGUAUAAAUUACACUUAUUUUAGCACGUAUCAGCCGCGUGUAUAAAAAAUGUCCAAUGCUGAUGCGCGCUUUUGUCACAGUGCGCAAAAUUGACUCCUGUUACUAUGGUUAGAUACGCCGUUUUAUUCAUGAGUCCACUGUUUGAUGAGUAGACUCAUAAUUCAAAACAGUGGACUCAUGAAUAAAAUAGCAUUGAUAACCACGGCAACAGGCGUCAAUUUGGUGCACUGUGACAAAAACGUGCAUCAGCAUUGGAUAUUUUUUAAUAUAUGCAGUAAAAUAAGCGUAAUUUAUACUGGAAAUCUGCAUAAACCUUGGACUCAACCAUGGAUUUUUAAAACCACCUUUGUGAAUUCGGGCCAAUGUUUUUUAGUGAGAGUGCUCCCCUAGUCUGUUUAUGGUUAAGAGAGAUGAGAGUAUAGGCUACAUACUUUCAUGUUGAUGUCCGACUGGGGAAAGUGAAUCUCAUGAUGUACCGUAAUUAGUUCAUCAAACACAAGGUGGUGUUCCGCUCUUUUACUGAUCUUUUGAGGUAGCAACUUUGAUCUAUAGAAUCAGAACUAACACUAUCUGGUUUGCACCAAAUGAAAGUGUUUUGAAAGAAAAAUGAUGUGCACACCAAGGGAAUGAAUGUAGAUAUGACGCUAUGUUUCGGACAAGAAUACAAUUUGCACAGUUAGUUCGUCACUUCAGGAACAACAAUUAUUUGCUAAAGGCCCUGUCACAUCGUUCCAUGCAAGCCGUAUGGGUGAGUUGUGGGCAAUCACCCGCAACAAUGUUUCAAAACUUUUUGCAGGCAAAUCAGACUCUCAUAUGCUCCAGCUGUAAACUGCAUGCAAGAUACUGUCAAUGCGGGCGACCUGCGGGAGUCAAAAGGUCGCAAACUAGUCGCAUACAAGGCUUGCAUGGAACGAUGUGACAGGAUCUUGAGGAAGCCUGUCAAUACUUAGAAGGGGCAUAUCAACUUGUUCCAAUGCCUCAAUCCCCUUUCUUAGAACUUUGCAAUUAAUUUGAGGACACAUCUAUCAGCCAUUAGGAAGAGCAUCUAAAGUUUUUAAAGGAGCUAUCCAGCAGUAUUAAAUGAUCGUCAUUUAGGAAGUGGUGAAUAAAGGAUUCCAUGACAUUGGCAAGUUUCAGUUCUGACAAAACUGGACAGAUGACAUCGAAAAAUCCACAUCCUGUUUAUCAAGUGGUUUCAUCUGGGCUUUUUAAUCUUGGUGACGGGGAAUUCUUGUCAUCCUGUUUCUAUAAAAGAAUAUAAAUGAUGUGGAAUUUUCACAGUUGAUCCAUUACAAGUACACAAUCUAUAAGCCACAGAAAUUUGAUACAUCUUGAAACAAAGACAUUCAAGCUAUAUUAAACAUGAUUUAUUUUUCUACUUUCUUAGAUGUGGGGUCAUUUUAAAAAAUGUAACAAUUCAUGAAAAUCAAGAAUGGGACAUCUCUUGGACCACAAUCCAACACCCAUUGUGUUUACAAAUUCCUUUUUUUUGUUGGAAAUCCUUUUUUGCCAUUAGACGUGUUGGAUAAUUUUACUGCAUUUGGACUCAGUUGCCAGCUACUCCCCGAUUUAAAAUUAAUAGAAAUAAAAUCUACACAAUUAUAGGUAAUUGGAUGCAUGUAACUUUUGGCAACUUGACCAAUGUCAAAGGUCAUUUAGGGGUCAUUAUUUCAAUGUAGAGUUUGGGGAAUCUCUGAAUACAGUUUCUCAUUCCCAGAUGUUGACAGGUCUGGUUUUAAGGUUCGUAUUCACAAAUUCCUUUUUUAUUUGGUGAUUCCUUGUUUGUUGGCUCCUUCAGGUUAAUCACAAGAUUCAAGAACUCCCUUUCUAUCUGGGGGAUUCUGGCUUGAGCAUGGACUGUGACUACAGGUGUAGACACAUGAUGUCUUGGUGUGUGUGUGUGGGGGGUAUAAUGACACAAUAGAUCACUCCCUUCCCUUACAUUAGUGAAUGUGACCUUCGACUACAGAGCAUGCCUUCAUAGGUAGGGUACGUUUCCAUGAUUAAAUUGCCAGCAAUGGUCUGUUAUAUUAAUCAUUUGUCAUGAUUUAGAACCAAAGGGGAGUAUUCACCAAUGAAUUACCUAAAAGGUCAUCAUCAAAUUAAAAAUAUAUCCUUAUUCUUCAUUGCCAAAAUAUUUUGAGCUCGUUCUGAUGAAAAUAUUAGGCGGAACAAGAAAUAAGCGGAAUAAUUUGAAACGAGCUCUGGAUGUCAAUGGGCCUAGUAUGCCAUCUAUCUUCACAGAUCUAACCAUGAAUGUCCAUCACCCACCCUACUUUUUGGUUGUACUCCCUCAUAUUUAUAAUUGUUUAUAUAUUGCACUUUUCCUUAGAUUUCCCAUAGAGUUUUAUAC